UGCUCUUUUUUGACUCUUUUCUCUCACUGGCUGGUUUUUAUCCUAAUAAGAGGAAAUGUCAUUUAUUUGUGUUAUUUCAUUACAUUGUAGACUUCCCUGGCACGUGCUUCGCGUCGACCAAGUGCGCGACUAUCGAGCCGGGAAAAUCGUGGGAGCUGUCACCGUUCUGCGGCCGUUCCACCUGCGUCUCCGCCGACGAUAACUCCGGCCGUUUGUUCGAACUGGUAGAGGACUGCGGCCCCCUGCCCAAAGCCAACCCUAAGUGCAAGCUCUCCGAUAAGACCAACAAAACCGCGAGCUUCCCCGAGUGCUGUCCGAUCUUCGAGUGCGAGGACGGCGCGACACUCGAGUACCCCGACAUUCCGACCUUGCCACCGCCGACCGAGGAUGCCGCGAAGGCGCAGCCGGAGGCGCCGAAGCCUUAAAUCCGACAGCACCCCUAUUCCCCCUGGGGGAGAAGGUCACGGUGUAGCCUCUUCGACGUGAUCUUUCGACGCGCAAAAACGGCAACCGACGAAAAUCAUCAGUACGGCGAUCAGUACGUUUCGAGGACUCCACUUUCCGAGGACGACUUUCGAUGAUCCACGCCACGAAAUAACGCCUGGAAUAACGCUAAAUAAGGAUACAAGAUGUAUUCGAGAUCUGCUUAGAUACGAAAGAACAAUGUUAGCUAUGCUAUUUUACGGUAUUUAUUAAUUAUUUCUCGACGACAAAUUGUCGUCGUGUGACGACAGCGAUCAAACCGAUGCCGCCGCACGUUGCGCUGGGACGACGCUUACUCUCCGUUACUCGUUCCUCUAUCCACGUUGCUCUUCCAGCUCGAUUAUGAAUUAUUUGACAGGAUUGCGCAACGUUUGUGUGCCGAUCGCGACGAGGCCGUACCGUGAUACCGCUCACCGCCCAACAUGAUCCCGUACGCAAUCCAGAUUAAACUAACUUGUAUAUAAAUCCAGGCUGCGCCCUUUGCAAACUGCGAGCACGAUAAAAGCUUUUCCGAAACGCACCAGUUCUUCCUUCGAUUUGUAAUCUUAUUGUAAUCCAUCUUGACCCACCCCGCCCAGGUUAGCUUUCCCCCACAUUCUUUUACUACCUAUUCAAUCCCCGAACGCAUGGUUUACUUUAAGUUAAAAAAAAAAAUUUUUUUUAAAAGAAGUGAGAUAACAGAAGUGGCUUUGCCGAAGUCAGAUAUCUAUGUGAAAGCAAAAUAUUUUAAAAUUCUCAAAAAGAUUUGAUAGGAGAUAUUGAUUGUAUAAUGAAUGAAUUUCACAAAGAAAUGAUCGGGACGUAAAUUUAAAUUUUCCGGAAAAUCUAUCCUAGCGAAAAAGAUCGCAAAUGUAUUCUAGUGUGAUUACUCUUUUAUAUUUUAGUCGCGCACGAGCGUUUGAAAGGUUUAGACACUUUUUAACAAUAUACUUUUAAUGACAAUCAACUUUGCUAACGGCGCAUUUUUUGAUUUAAAUUCUUUUUCAACAUAUGACAAAUUAUUUCAUAGCGGAGUCUGGCGUAUGAAUCGUAAAUAUGUGUGAUUGUAAUUAUAUGUGAUUAAAUUAAUACUUAUUUAAUUCA